AAUGACCACGUAAAUUGUGGUAUAAUUUGUAAAACAAUAGACUUGGGUAAAAUAAAAUAGUGACGCGUUAAUGGAGGGAGGGAUGAAGGUAGAAAUUAUUUAUUGUAUAUAUAUUAGUAUAUAUAUAUAUAUAUUAUUUGUCAACCGGCCGGAAUGUUAUUAUAAAUGUAUCGGCUGCGGAUAAAUCAGAGUCGGCGGAAGUGGGACCAAGAUGGCCGCCGCUCGUUCUCCAGCAAUCGUCGGUGUCGUCGGUCAAUAUUUGAGGCUGCGUGCUCUGACAUCGUCGAGUCGUUUCCACGAGUCGCUACCAGGCGGCAGCGUCGUCGUUCACACCUUGGGCACACCUGUGUCAAGCGCACGCACCGGGAACACACGCACCGUGGCCCGUUUCCGAAAUAGUGAAUUCGACCAGCAUCCUCGCCGCUGAUUUUCCUCCGCAGCGAUAGUGCAGGACAUCGUACCAUUCGCAAGACAAGAUGAAGGAAUCGCUGGUGAAGCAAGAAAUCAAGAUCGAGUGGGAAAGUCGCCGAUCGGAUGGAGGUUCGCCACGGAUAGCCCGAGCAUCCGAGGACCAGAUAAGCGGGAGUCCUCCGAGUGUGAUAACAACGAGAAGACACGUCCGUACGAUAACGACAACGGGGCAGAUCACGGAAACGGUGGUGGAAACAGAGGCCGAAUCGCCGGCAUCGAGCCCAAGUGGAUCCAACAUACAGCAAGUGAUCCAACAACGGUCAGGGCAGGACCAGCAACAGCAGUCCGAGUCUCAGCACUAUCAGGAAGGAGCACACCAGCAAUACGUGCAGCUGUCUCAGCCCGAAAGCCCGAGCGAGCAGCACCGCGUUGUCGUAGGUCAACAGCACGUAAUCUACACCAGCAGCAACGGGCAAGCUGUUCAGCAGGUGCAAGAUGCCCUGGAAGCUGCCGAAACAGCGAUUAUCCUAUCAGCCAAAGAACCCCCUGCAUACGUUUCCCAGGAGUCCAGGAAAAGAGGGGUGGAGUGGCUCUCCCCUUGCACGUCUCCCAGACCGAAAUUGUCCCGCAGGUACGAGACUUUCGUCGCUGAGAAGGUCUCAGAAGUCGAGCAUCCGGUAUACGUCUACGCCGAGGAACCAGAAUCCAAACGCGAAGGCCACGUAAUCGCCGUUCAGGUCCAGGAGCAUCGGUCGGGCCAACAUCAAACGCAACAACAGGCUCAACAACAAGCCGAGGCCCAGCAGCAGAGGUUCAGUCCCAGGGAGACCAGCAAUGGCAACAGAUUUCAGGAGUCCCCUGUUGCUCCCGCUGAGGAUUACGAGACCUCUUCCCUGGUUUCCCAACCUGGGACCGUCCAGCUUGGCUCUCCAGCAGCUCCCUAUUCUCCACCUUUGGAUGGAAUCCGCACCUCUCAGCAGCAACUCGUUGCUGCGGUGUAUUCCGAUGCUGCCGCUGCUGCUGCUGCUGCCGCUGCAGCUGCUGCUGCUACUCUUAAAUAUGACGCCGAGGCUGCUGCUGCUGCUGAGACUAUCAAGGGGUCCAGCACUUAUCACACUUUGGAGACUGUUGCUCUUCCGCCCUCGCAGACUGUGCAGUACACUCAGCAUAUUUCCGGCUCUGAUGCUUUCUCCCAGACUCCCACCAGCUACGCUUAUUCAAAGCCGGGGGAUUUUUAUCUCACUUAUCCUGCUACCGUUCAGGCUGGGUCCAGGGGGACUGAGGUGGACCCUCCUAACAGCGUGUACAUCAAAAGUGACCCAACUUUGACCUCCUCGUCACUUUUGGCCACCCCACGUCCCACCCUACACUACGAGCAGCCCAAUUCACCUGGGUCCCAGGUGACAAUUUAUGGCAGCGCCGCAGGCUCUUAUCAGUACGUCAAAUCGUCGGGUGACCAAUAUUGGCCCACCGGGGCACCUUCUCCACCUUCCACCUUGGAAUACGUCCCGGGGUAUUCCGGUGUCACCGCAAUUUCUGCCAGCGACGCUGCCAACAUGCAACUAUACUCUGGAGGUGGAUACAGCGUUACCGGAAACGGAAAUGGUCCACCUUCGCCCUGGCCAACCUUGCCCAUCCCUGGAGCCGAUGACACCUUCGAGGGCCAGGUCAUUGCCACGGAGCCGAAGGAGUGUGUCAACUGUGCUGCCAACAUGACACCUCUCUGGAGAAGAGAUGGCACCGGGCAUUACCUUUGCAAUGCAUGCGGACUCUACAGCAAAAUGAACGGUGUCAACAGGCCGCCUAUGAGAUGUGGAAAACCUAAACAAUCGGUCGCACCGGCUGGCGGACGGAGAACUGGUGUACAAUGCGCCAAUUGUAGAACAAGUAACACAACGUUGUGGCGUAGAAACAAUAACGGCGAACCUGUGUGCAAUGCUUGUGGACUUUACUUCAAGCUACACAAUGUCGACAGGCCGUUGAGCAUGAAGAAGGACGGAAUUCAGACCAGAAAGCGGAAGCCGAAGAACCACUCCGGGAUGACCGGAAGUAUGGCCGGGCCCAGCGGGAUCCACAAGAACGAGAUUAAGUCCAGCCUACUCGUGGACUCGAAAUUGCAGUUGAACAUGUUCACGAGCGGAGGUGGGGGUGGAGGGGCGGAGGAACAUUACGCCCAUGUUCGUCCCUUGAACACGAUACAAUUGGCGCACUCGCCCCUUACAUUGCCUUCCGCCGCGGUUUUGAAUCGGCAGACUACUCUCACGGUACCGCCACUGGAACCCACCACUAGUCGACCAGGGACCGAUCUAACCUCGGUUAUCACGUCGACAACGGUCGCCCAUAUCGACAGGAUUUAAGCAUCGCCUCUACCUUGCCAACGAGGCUUCGACCGACCAACCGCGCUCUGCAUUGCCGACACUCGUCGAUCACUUACUGAAUUCGAUCGCCAUCUACCGUCUCCAUCGACAAACUUUCGUCAGGCGUCCUUCGGAACGAUUCGAUUUGAAAAAGGAAAUUCUUUGCUUCCGACAGCCUUCGAGCCAGAAAAAGUGAAUUGGAAGAUGAUCCGCUUUAAUUCCACUUUUAAUAAUGCGAUAUGUGUGUGUCGCGGUACAUGAAUACCGCUAGAAUAGAUGUAUGUAAAGUUUGUCAUCUUUAAACGUGAACGUUGUACGCAUGAAACAAUGUCUGGGGAGAAGAUAAUAAAUUCCAGUUCAUUUUUUUAGGAAUAUCGAGAUGCGUGUAAUGGUACGAAAUGAUAGUUAACUAACGAUAUGGAUAACGACGGGAAAGUUGUCGAAGGAGAUAGCGAUACGAAUCAAUUUCUGUGCCUUUUCUGUAUAUAGCUUCUCUUUUGUGUACUCCAAAGAUUUGUUCGUAGGCAUAGAAACUCAACCCCAAAGAGUAAUAUAUUGUCACGGUAGGAAAAUGAUUCGCUAAAUGUUGCUUAGUUUAGUAAUUGUGUUUUAAUAAUAUAAGGAUGGUCGCACGAUCGGUUCACCGUGCGACCGAAUCGAUAAGUAAUUCUAAGUGGUUGAAAAUAAUUGAAAUGUACACGUUUUAAUUAAUUGUAAGUCACGUGAAUGGAAAAAAAAAA